AUGGCGAGUAACUUUAACAUGAACGAUAUGACUGUUGAACAACUUAUGGCGCUUAGUGAGAUAAUUGAUGAUAGCGAUUAUGAGGAAAAUCUCGAGGAUGAAGUGGAGAAAAUAUCUGAGGAUAAGUUCUAUCGAGUUGCACCUAAGGAUAAGGGCAAAGAUCCCUUUGAAGGAGAAAGACAAUUCAUAGAUGAAGGUGACCGUUCUACAGACCCAAAAAGACCAAGGAGACGCCCAUUAAACGAGAAGGGUGAGAGGGGAAUAAUGCCAACAUGGAAAUAUUCCGAGAGACAGAAGGCAAAGGCUUUACUAGUCGAGGAGGCAUACCAGAGCUUACUUAGCAGAAAAGUUGAAGGUCUACCACCAACAAUGGGAGGUAGAUGGAGAACGGAUGAUCCCCAGGUAAAUGCGGAGAUGAAGAGGUUAGAGAACCUUAGGAAUCCAAAGCGUCCUAGAGGCAGGCCACCAAAGGCUAAGACUGACGGCGCUGUUAGAGCUCCUAGAGGCAGGCCACAAAAGGUUAAGUCUGACGCUGAGGUUGUGAUUCCAAAGAGACGUGGAAGACCACCAAAGGUUAAGUCUGACGCUGAUGUUGUGAUUCCAAAGAAACAUGGAAGACCACCAAAGGUUAAGGUAGCUGAAACACCAAAACCUAAGGUCAAAAGACAGACUGUCGCGGAGAGGUUCAUAAGUCAAAACCGAAUAAAACUCUCAAUUCCUGCGGAUAGUGUGAUAACUCAAGUGAGACCAGGUAAGUUCACGGUGACUGUGGAUCUUAGUAAGAAACCAACAAGGAAAGCUCCUGAGGUACCGAAGGGUGUGGCUCCAUGGAAACCUAGGGAAAGACCAGUUCCUAAACCAAGAACUGUAAUUCCUAGGGAAAAACCUAUUCCUAAACCAAGAACUGUAAUUCCUAGGGAAAGACCUAUUCCUAAGCCUAGGACUAAAAAGCCUGUGCCUCCUCCAAAGUUAAGAAAGCCUGUGAAGGUAACUAAGGAAGUUGGGGAACAGCUAGUAGUGGUCGCACCAGAGGAACAUGAAAUUGAUCUUUUUGGAACAUACCUUGAGAAGCCAUCCUAUAGGAAAAUAGAAACUGCCGCAAAUGGAGCAGCUGUGACUUACUCGAUAACUCCAAAUUAUAUGGAUCCCCUGAACCAGAUGACCGCAAGUAGGCAGGUGGUGAGGGGAGUAUUAGUGAACGAGUUGAAGAGAAUGGGAGGGCUGAAAUAUACGGAAACCAUCAAGGUAAGAAUGUCGAAGGAAAUUGGAAAUGACAAAACAAAGAAGGAUUCAAUAUACUUCAAAUCAAAAACAGGAACUGCAACCAACUUCGAGGAUAUUGAAAGCACUGCAGCCCAAAACCAACUGACAAUCUUAUCCAGAAUUGAAACCUUCCAAAACUUAGGUUCAAAUUGGAUUAUUCUAAACAUUGAAAGCCACUAUGUUAAUAUUGCGAUGUGCAAACCUCUAAAGGGUAGUUCAUACAUGAAAUUACCCGCAGACAUUAGUAAUCCAAAAUGUGGUUUAAUCAACAUGAAAAACAACGACGAGAAAUGUUUUAUGUGGAGUCAUCUGAGACAUGUAAGACCAAAAGCUAGGAGAGCAACAACUAUAACAAAGCAAGAUAGGGAGUUCGCGGAAAACCUGGACUAUGAAGGUAUCGACUUCCCCGUAAAGAUAAGCGAUAUCGACAAAAUCGAGAGGAAGAACUCAAUAAGCAUAUCAGUGUUCGGUUACAAGGGUAAAAAGCAGUUCUACCCAAUCAGGAACUCUAAGACUAAAUAUGACGAACAUAUGGAGUUGCUGCUGCUAGGUAAUAAUGGUGGUAACCACUACGUUCUAAUAAAGGAUGUAAAUAGAAUGCUCUUCAGUGUUAGCGGAAACUCAAACAAGAAACACUUCUGCUUAUAUUGCCUCCAUAGUUGCGUUAGCGAAGAAUCAUUGAAGAAACACAGUGAAACAUGUAUCAGUGUAAACGGAACUCAGGCCACGAAGCUUCCAAAUGAAGGUUCAAAAAUAAAGUUCGGACACUACAGGAAUUCAAUGCCUGCUCCAUUUGUAAUCUAUGCUGACUUCGAGUCUAUGCUGGUUCCUGAGGAGAGAAAAGUUGAAUCUGAAGACGCUGAGGAGAAGAGUACCACAGAACUUUACCAGACACACAAAGCUUGUAGUUUCGGGUUGAAAACAGUGUGUCAUUAUGAUGAUCAGUAUUCUGGUGAAUAUGUGAGCUAUGUUGGUGCAGACGCUACAGAGGUCUUCUUAAAGACAGUUCUAAAGGAAUCCAUCAAGUGCCGGGAAAUGGUGAACAAAAUCUUUAAGAAGAAGAUGGUAAUUACACCAGAACAAGAAUCUGAGUUCUGGAUGACAAGAAACUGCUCCAUCUGUGGUAAUGACUUGGGGAUGAUAGAGUGA